CUAACCCUAUAUUUUAAAUAAGUAGUGAAUAGUGAGAAAUCUAUAAAGUUCUAUGAUAAAUAUCGAAUUAAUAUAAAAAAUGGGAUUCAACUAUUCGUAUAAGUUCUAACAGCUCCUAAAUUCUGGUUGAUUUGUUUAUACAGUCGUUAUUAUAAUGAGCAGAAAAUCUCAAUUACAGACCACUAAUUAUUACAAGAAUGAGGCGAAAAAAGCAAGUGUAAUAUAUCCACUAUUCGUUUUGGUUUUGUGUUCUUUAACUGUGACAUACUUAAUUCUACGAGAUCUUGAUUGGGAGGAACAUAUAUCGAUUCGGAGGGGGCUAUGGUUGUUUGGAAGCGGUCUAUUGUUUUUUCCAGCGUUGUUCAUUAUUUUAAAUAAUUUUCAAUUCCAUACACACGAAGGUCGCAAGUUUAUAAGGGCUUACAAAUUGAGUCACAGUGAUGUAUUCGAUAUAAGUAAUAAAUGCGUUUCAGCAGUGCAGGCACUUUUUUGUUGUUUAACCGGGUUAACAUGUGUUCGAUAUUCUUGUUCCAGAGAUAUUUUACGUACCUCCCAUUAUAUAUCAGAGGCGUACGGUUGGUUCGGUGCGGCAUAUUUUUUUUACGACACAUGGUCGAUGUAUCGGGUUUGGAGUGCCAAGAUGACUCAACCUCAAAUGAACGGAAUAAAAAACAAAAUAAUUUUGAAAACCGCAAGAAUAACUGCAUAUUUGUCAAGUAAUUUUAUGAUAGUGUUUCAUCAUAUAUUUAUUGGUUGUUUUGGAUUCUUAGUAAUCACAUAUUUAAGAGGAGGCUUAGGCGAUUGUUUUUUUGGAUAUAUUUAUCUUAUGGAGGUUAGCACGCCGUUUGUGUCGCUAAGAGGGAUUUUAUCAAAGUUGGCAUUGAAAACUUCAAAAUGGUAUAUAUCUAAUGGAUUGGUGAUGUUAGGCACAUUUUUCGUAUUCAGAGUUGCCAUGUUUCCAUAUGUUAUAAACUUGUUCGCUCAGUCGAUACAAGUUGAUUUUAUUACGGCUUUAACAAAAUUACCCAGGAAUUGUCUGAUAAGUAUAAGUCUGUUACUGUUUCCGCAAAUAUAUUGGUUUUUCCUGAUGGUAAAAGGCGCCACAGAGAUUCUUUUUUUUAAACAGAAACCCAAUCGGAUAGGAAAUAACAACAAUUUCAAAAAAAAAUCUCGCUAAAGAGUUCCUUAACGAGUUCGAGAUUCAGCUUGUUGUGUUAACGAUUAUUAACCGAUUAAUUAAUCCAAAGUCUCUUUUUUAUUUGUAGAGUUUAGUUGCGGCUGUGAUUACUUUAGUUCGUGCUAUUUACAGUGUGCUGAAAACUGAGAGAUUUUAGGCAGCUUCCUAAUAAAUUCUAAAAGUAAAAAGCAGAUUUUGGACAAGGAUUUGAUGAUUGCUAUCUCAAUCACGUUAAAUAUUUACUUGGAAUUUAUCUUGUUUAAAUUUUUGUCCUCAGAAUACUAUACGAUCGAAAAAAAAACGGCGUUAGAGUCGAUUUAGACACUCGCCAAGUUGAUAGGCCAUUGACAAUGAUAUGGCCGAACUUAAAAUACAGGUACUUUAAUGUGAUGUUUUUUUUUUCGAUCAUAUGGUAUAUUUUGAGUGGUGUUAAAAUCAGGGUUGUUAUGUUUAAAACAUUUUAUUUAAAAACAGGUUUUUUAAACGAGUUUAAAACACUAUUACUUGUUGAAACAUUCGUUUAAAACAUGUAUAAAGCUCUGUUUAGUCAUGUUGAAUGCGUCGGUAUUUUUUAAUAUAAAAUAAGAGAAACUAUUUCUUUCAACUAUGCCAAACAAUUACAUUUUCAGAAAUUAUAAGAGAUAGGAUCCCUGGUGGACUACUAAAGUUACAAUUUAAAAUUAUUUACAAAAGGUACCCUAACCUAAAGUGUCCCAAAUAAAUAAAAUAUAUCAAAGUUGUAC